AUGCUGAAGGCUCUAGCAUCUGACAUUGCACCCGUAUUGUCUCUGCUCUUUACACUCUGCUCUCAGUGGUCGUAUACACCAGCCCUAUGGCGACAUGCUCAAGUCUUUCCCAUUUACAAGAAAGGUGAUGUAUCUGAUCCUGCAAACUUUCGUCCAAUUUCGCUUACUUCGGUGAUGCGUAAAUUGUUCGAAUUCUCUCUGAUGCCUGCUCUUGAUGAACAUUCGCCUGCACUUGAUGUUGCUCAAGGUGGCUUUCGCCCACAGCGUAGUCCUCUGGAUCAAGCCCUCUGUUUACAUGACUUGAUGCACGACUACUUCCUCACCCACCACCACUACCCUGUGGUUGCUUUCCUAGACAUCAAAUCAGCGUAUGAUACCGUGGAUCGUCGAGUGAUUUGGGAUGCUCUCUCUCGUUCCUCUCUGCCUCGUUCAGUUCUCAGUUUGCUCAUCCACAUGUUCGAUGAUGUACUCGUGUCUGUGUUGAUUGCAAAUCACACCUCUGUUCCCUUUUCGCCUGCUACUGGCGUAUUGCAGGGUUCAGUGCUCAGCCCUCACUUGUACUCUCUGUACAUCAACUCUCUGCCUGCUGUUCUUCGUUCUGCUGUCAGUCGCGGUACUAUGGUAUCACCACCUGGGAUGCCUAGUGUUUGCGUGAAUAGCCUGCUCUUUGCUGAUGAUGUGGCCAUAUUUGGCUCUCGUACUGAUGUGCAAACCAUGUUGGAUAUCGCUUCAGAUCACUCGUUCUCUCUUGGCUACAGGUGGAAACCAUCAAAAUGUGCUGUACUUUGUGCUCCUACUGCCUCUACUCGUCAUCCAUUGUCUCUAUACGGUGAACCUCUUCCUGUGGUAGAGGAAUUCACGUAUCUUGGUAUGCCGUUUAGAUAUAAAGGUCUGUAUGCCCCUGGGAUUCUCAAUCUGCGUGCUUCUGGUGCUAUCAAGACAAUGGCAUUGUUAAAUUCGGUUGGUGUCAAUCGAAAUGGUUUUUCUCUGUUGCUUUGUGCUCGUUUGUAUAAAAGCUUUAUUCGUCCCAAACUGGAAUACGGCUUAGCUAUAUCUCAUCUCUCUUUCCGUGACUUCAAGGCUCUUGAUGCUCUGCAAAAUCGAUUGGUUGGUAUGUUUGUUGGUAGUACAUGGUACAAUGUUGCCAAACAUUUGACCUGUCUUCCCAGCAUGAAGCAUCGAUAUAACGUUCUGACAACACGUUAUGCCCUUCGUGCUGAUACUCUCCCUGAUGAUUGCUUGUUGGUUCUGCUUCGUCGUGGUUUACUGUACACUCGUCUAGACAGAUUUAUCUGUCAAAACCCGUUGUAUCUAACACUGCCUGAUCCGCCGCCAUUCACCACUGCUGGUCUUACUGAAGUCUUUGAUUCGUAUUGGCAAGAUCAAGUAGAUCGUCAACUUGCUGCUGCUGCUGUUUCUGGUGCUCAGACUCUCCUUCGUGCUUGUCGUCCGUCUGUCUCUCGUCCAGAUCCCAUCCUGUAUCUGCCUAUUGGUCGAUCUGCUCGUAGUCGUCUUGUGCGGUGGCGUCUUGGACGUUUCACCAAUAUGCGUGAAGAAUGUCCGUGCACUACCGGUGAGUUUAUCUCCCGAGAUCACUUUCUGACAUGUCGUGCUCUGGAUCGUACCUUUUUUGAUGCUUUGCCACCUGCUCCACCUGGUGUACAUCGCAUUGACCAUGCUCUGAACUGUCUUCCAGACAAAGCUUCAGCUGGUCCACCGUACUUUUGGUCUGCUUUGCUCCUUUUGUUGCAUGCCAUUGAUUGCCUUGUGCAUCCUCUGGCUGUGAUCCCACCAGAUCCAGAUCCUGGAUCGCUCUGGUUUUCUGCUCAUUGA